AUGACAAAUGAUGAAGGCUUUCACACUCUGAACAUGCUUCAUCACGAAGGUAUCCCAGCGCUUGAGGUAUAUUCUGAUGAUAAUAUUAUAUCAUUUGAUAAAUGGGGAAAGAAAUUUUUAGAAAGAAUUAAGGUCUUUGGGGUAAAACUUUCAGAAGAAGAAAAACUUGCUCGCUUGUCUUUAUUUUUGGAAGACACACCCAAAAGAAUCUUUGAAGAAUUGUCUCCAACUCAAAAAUUAACGUGUGAAAUGGCACUUCAAAGCAUAAGAAAGGAGUUGGACUCUCCUCAACGACGUGCCCUCUCAAGACAGGCGCUUUUAAUGUGCCGUCAACACGAAGGUGACUGCUGA